CCCGGAGGAGCCCCCGCGCGCCCCGCAGCAGCCGGGCGUUCACUCAUCCUCCCUCCCCCACCGUCCCUCCCUUUUCUCCUCAAGUCCUGAAGUUGAGUUUGCGAGGCGACACGGCGGCGGCGGCCGCGCUGCUCCCGCUCCUCUGCCUCCCCAUGGAUAUGCACUGCAAAGCAGACCCCUUCUCCGCGAUGCACCCAGGGCACGGGGGUGUGAACCAGCUCGGGGGGGUGUUUGUGAACGGCCGGCCCCUACCCGACGUGGUGAGGCAGCGCAUCGUGGAGCUGGCCCACCAGGGUGUGCGGCCCUGUGACAUCUCCCGGCAGCUGCGGGUCAGCCACGGCUGUGUCAGCAAAAUCCUGGGCAGGUACUACGAGACCGGCAGCAUCAAGCCGGGUGUGAUCGGUGGCUCCAAGCCCAAAGUGGCGACGCCCAAAGUGGUGGACAAGAUUGCUGAAUACAAACGACAGAACCCGACUAUGUUCGCCUGGGAGAUCCGAGACCGGCUCCUGGCUGAGGGCAUCUGUGACAAUGACACAGUGCCCAGCGUCUCUUCCAUCAACAGAAUCAUCCGGACCAAAGUUCAGCAGCCUUUCCACCCAACGCCAGAUGGGGCUGGGACAGGAGUGACCGCCCCUGGCCACACCAUUGUUCCCAGCACGGCCUCCCCUCCUGUUUCCAGCGCCUCCAAUGACCCAGUGGGAUCCUACUCCAUCAAUGGGAUCCUGGGGAUUCCUCGCUCCAAUGGUGAGAAGAGGAAACGUGAUGAAGUUGAGGUAUACACUGAUCCUGCCCACAUUAGAGGAGGUGGAGGUUUGCAUCUGGUCUGGACUUUAAGAGAUGUGUCCGAGGGCUCAGUCCCCAAUGGAGAUUCCCAGAGUGGUGUGGACAGUUUGCGGAAGCACUUGCGAGCUGACACCUUCACCCAGCAGCAGCUGGAAGCUUUGGAUCGGGUCUUUGAGCGUCCUUCCUACCCUGACGUCUUCCAGGCAUCAGAGCACAUCAAAUCAGAACAGGGGAACGAGUACUCCCUCCCAGCCCUGACCCCUGGGCUUGAUGAAGUCAAGUCGAGUCUAUCUGCCUCCACCAACCCUGAGCUGGGCAGCAACGUGUCAGGCACGCAGACAUACCCCGUUGUGACUGGUCGUGACAUGGCGAGCACCACUCUGCCUGGUUACCCCCCUCACGUGCCCCCCACUGGCCAGGGAAGCUACCCCACCUCCACCCUGGCAGGAAUGGUGCCUGGGAGCGAGUUCUCCGGCAACCCGUACAGCCACCCCCAGUACACGGCCUACAACGAGGCUUGGAGAUUCAGCAACCCCGCCUUACUAAGUUCCCCUUAUUAUUAUAGUGCCGCCCCCCGGGGCUCCGCCCCUGCCGCUGCUGCCGCUGCCUAUGACCGCCACUAGUUACCGCGGGGACCACAUCAAGCUUCAGGCCGACAGCUUCGGCCUCCACAUCGUCCCCGUCUG